CCUUUUUGGACAUCACAACACAACAAAGCCCCAAGGACAAAACUGGCAACAAAAAUGUAAGUAGAGUUAUAAAACUAAAUUAGGGUUUCAUCUGGUACAUAGCCUCCUCGGACUUUGAGAGAGAACUCGCAGCCUCCGGUCUCGACCAAGCAAAAUGCCAAAGCAGAUCCGUGAGAUCAAGGAUUUCCUUCUAACUGCAAGAAGGAAGGAUGCCCGCAAUGUCAAAAUCAAGAGGACCAAGGAUGCUGUCAAGUUCAAGGUUCGGUGCUCCAAGUACCUUUACACACUUUGUGUGUUUGAUUCCGAGAAGGCUGACAAGUUGAAGCAAUCUCUUCCUCCAGGUUUGAACGUUCAGGACCUUUGAACAAGGAUUUUGGAGUAGCUGGUGGGCAAAUUCUAGUGAAUGCAGCAAUGGAAUGAAAUCUAUUUUUGUUUGAACUUAAAAAGAUUAUUAUGGCCGGAUGAUGAUGAUAACGUUGUUGGUAUUAGAUGUUAAAAUGCCGAGAUAUUUGUGGUUAAUGUGUGUGUGUGUGUGUGACGUAAGUGAUUUGUUUAGAUGUUUUAGUUAUGGAUCCAUCUGGUUUGUGUUUC